CUUCAAACCAGCAAAUUAGUCCAGAAGUCCGCUCCUACUAUAUCAAGAUCGCUACUGUCACUCUGGUCAUUCAAUUUGAUCUGUGAUUGGCCAGGCACCGACUUAUAUCACGUGAUGUUCUCAUGUGUAACUUUACACAGUAUUUGUUUUUCUAGUUCUCGCUCAGAUCACAAGCUUCUUCAGCCUGACUUUCAUUUCACACGAAGUGAGGUAGAUCUCGUGGGCCUUGAUACACAAAGGCAAAAGUAGCGACGCUCUAGAGGCAUCAGUGGAUCGAUGACAACGGCAGCCAUUAGCUCACAGAUCAUAUCGCAUUCUCUCGACCCAGGCUUCAAAAUCUCGAACUGACGUUAUAUCAAGGAAGACCCUUGUGAGUGGAGCAUCGAUAUAGCAAUCACAAUGCUCUCAACCCUCCCCGCCGAGCUCCAGAAUGAGGUGGUAUUGCACAUUGCACAAUUCGAAAACGCCACAGAUCGAACAUCUACACUAUCAGCAUUAGCACUAUGCGAUCGGACAUUUGCCAAAAUAUGUCGGGAGCCUUUGUACCGAAAUAUUUCGAUUGAGCCAGGAACACGCCAACAACCCUCCCCACGACUCUAUCGUUUACUUCGUACACUUUUAUUGGACGAUCAAAGCAUUGGAGCUAAAGUGCAGUCAUUGUCGACAAGCAUAGUGACCACGAAUUGGCUCAAGGAUGAAAAUACACCUUACCUUGACUUGCCGCUCGCAGCACAGCUCCUGAAACAAUCACUUUCGAAACCGGUUGCAGAGUGUUUUCGUCGAGGCCUGUUCCAAGGUUCUUCCGAUUUCUGGGAAGCACUUGUAUGCGUAUUAUUAGUGCUCCUCCCGAAUCUUGAAUCAUGUACCGUCCGACUUGGUCCAUACACAAACGGCAAGAAUCUCUUUUGCAGAGUACGAGGCCACAGUCCUCCUCUCAUAUUCCAGAAAUUACGCCAUCUUGAGAUUCGACUCCCAGACCGUUGGCACGUAGGAAUUUCGCCUGCUCCAUUCCCAUUACUUCAAGUUGAAAAUGUCACUCCGUUGCAAUCUCUUACGAUAGAUGGUCGGGGUUCGUACCACCCUCGUGACGAAUUCCGGCUCUUCGUUGGCGCCCGAGGUAAUCAAAUUGAGAUCAAUCUUCACAGCUUGACAAUCAUUGAAAGCCACCGAUUCGACCAAUGGGCCUACUUCCUGCAUCCUAUAAAAGGUAUCCGCAAUUUCGCCUUCGAGAUUUAUGACGUCAAGAGCAUAGAAGGAGUUCUUGAAAGCUUCUCGAAUUUCACCGAUACCUUAGAGCGAGCUAGCAUUGUUGCAUUUCUUCCCGACAGUUUUGUCAGUAGCGACAGAGUACCAAACAACGAAACAGACGAAGAAGACGACUUACCCGUUCGUGCCGCCCAAGCACUCCAGGCCCUCCCAUCGAUCAUCGAGCGUGCAAUCACCUUAUUCGGCCGCGACCUAGCAACGAUGGGGUCCUUCCAACCAUUCAAAAAACUCAAAACGUUACUGAUCUCGGAACUCCUGCUAUUAGGCUCCCAACCUGUUACACCGACGCUGGCCAGUAUCCUCCCGGAAUCCCUGGAAGAACUCAUACUUCAGGUCCCCCGGAGGACGAAAGUCUUCGAGGUGAGACGCCCGGGACAGCCGGAGAUUUACUCGCAUGCACGGUUGAUAGAGGCAAUGGAGGACCUACCAUCGGGACUAAAGUCAAUCCGCUUCGUGUGCAAGAUUUCAGAUGUGUGGUACACAUCGCCACCGAUUGAAAUAAACACAUUUCAUGACCGUGAGGCGAUUGAGGUGAUAUCCAUCUGGCGCCCAUUUCUCGAAUGGAAGGUGAGGAAGUGUCCGUUGAUGAUGGAGUCUCAGCGGAUCCAGAUGAUCCAGAAGCGACAUGAUAAGAAGGAAGGGUUUGAACCUAUGUUCCAUGAAUACAAACGUUUCGCGGAGAGUUAUGAAAAAACAUUUGGAGAAGUAUGCCAUGCACCUGUGAGGAGGUUUGUACAGACUUGAACAACUCUGAGCAGGCGAGAUUUUGAUCGAACAAACCGGAUGCUAAGCACAUCUACGGAAGGUGUUUGCAAGCAUCUGGCAUUGAUAUUCUUUAAACCUAUUCGAAAGACAGUUACGAUUGAGUGUAUUUCGGUUUCAGUCAACGGGAACAGGAAAGGAUAUCUUCUUUUUUGAGUGCCCCAGUUAUUAUGGUCACGUAUAAUCCAUGGUAUUGAUUUAUUGUUUCUCGCUGGAAGUUCAUGAAGGCCUAAUGUUACAUAUGAGUAGAAGAACAUAGAUAUGACGC